CAACCUUCUGCUUUCUGGAGGGGCACCUUCAACCAGCUCCGUGGUGCACUGGCAGCGGCUUUCUUAGUUGUAAAGAAUAAGUGGAAAUAACACUUUUACACAGACACAAUGUCGUUUCUGACUGUCAGCAGGUUAGCACCUAAACUCCUCAAUUCAAAGAAUGCCACCUACUUCCUUGUGGCUGCCAGAAAUGCCAGCGCAUCAACAACAAAUCUGAAGGAUGUUUUGGCAGACCUCGUCCCUAAAGAACAGACCAGGAUCAAGAACUUUAAGCAACAGCAUGGCAAAACCAACAUAGGACAGAUUUCUGUUGACAUGGUCUAUGGAGGUAUGAGAGGGAUGAAGGGUCUUGUGUAUGAGACCUCUGUGUUGGAUCCCGAUGAGGGCAUCCGUUUCCGAGGCUACAGUAUUCCAGAGUGUCAGAAGCUGCUGCCUAAAGCUCCAGGAGGUGAAGAGCCGCUGCCCGAAGGCCUCUUCUGGCUGCUGGUCACAGGACAGGUUCCCACUGAGGAGCAGGUGAACUGGGUGUCUAAAGAGUGGGCAAAGAGAGCAGCACUUCCCUCCCACGUUGUCACCAUGUUGGAUAAUUUCCCCACAAACCUGCACCCCAUGUCUCAGUUCAGUGCUGCCAUCACAGCUCUGAACAGCGAGAGCAGCUUUGCACGGGCAUACUCUGAGGGCGUCCACAAGACCAAGUACUGGGAGUUUGUCUAUGAGGACUCCAUGGACUUGAUUGCUAAGCUGCCCUGCAUUGCUGCCAAGAUUUACCGCAACCUGUACCGCGAAGGCAGCAGCAUCGGAGCCAUCGACUCAAACCUGGACUGGUCCCACAACUUCACCAACAUGUUGGGCUACAGUGACGCCCAGUUCACUGAGCUAAUGAGGCUCUACCUCACCAUCCACAGUGACCACGAAGGAGGCAAUGUCAGUGCCCACACCAGCCACUUGGUGGGCAGCGCCCUGUCUGACCCCUACCUGUCCUUCAGCGCUGCCAUGAAUGGUCUGGCUGGUCCUCUGCACGGCCUGGCUAAUCAGGAGGUGCUGGUGUGGCUGACUGCCCUGCAGAAGGAGUUGGGCGGAGAGGUUUCUGAUGAAAGGAUGAGGGAUUACAUCUGGAACACACUCAAGUCUGGAAGGGUUGUGCCAGGCUACGGCCAUGCUGUCCUGAGGAAGACUGACCCACGUUACACCUGCCAGCGUGAGUUUGCCCUGAAGCACCUGCCCAAUGACCCCAUGUUUAAGAUGGUUGCCCAGCUUUACAAGAUUGUGCCCAACGUGCUCCUGGAGCAGGGCAAGGCCAAGAACCCCUGGCCUAAUGUGGACGCCCACAGUGGAGUUCUGCUGCAGUACUAUGGAAUGACUGAGAUGAAUUACUACACUGUGCUGUUCGGCGUGUCCCGAGCCCUCGGCGUGUUGGCUCAGCUGGUGUGGAGUAGAGCCCUGGGCUUCCCCUUGGAGCGCCCCAAGUCCAUGAGCACGGAUGGACUGAUGAAACUGGUGGGAGCCAAGUCAGGCUGAAGAACCACCUGAAAGCUGUAGGGAAGAGCUGGGGGUUAGUACGAAGGGUGGGAGGAGGUGGAAACGUCAAAAGGCAGACAUAAGUUGACCCCCUGUCAUUUCCAACCCCAGGGAUUCAAUGGGAUUCAAAGAGACAGUAAGCUUUUAAUGUCAAUUCACAAAAGAAGGGCCUUUUUAAAUCUUCACACCAUUAGUGUUUGAGUGUGUUUAGUUAACCCCUGAUGAGGUAAAAACUUCAGACACACAUACAUGUAAUCCUGUAGUAGGCUCAAAAUAUGUACCAUUAUAAGUCUGCUAGCAUCGCUAAGAUUUCCCCCUGUGCAGUGCCUGCGUGUUUGUCAUUGGGCGCUGGGUCUGAACUAUGAAUAGGCAGUGACAUUCAAAGGGAAUUGUGCGAGUGAAUUACACUUCCUUUGUAUUUCUUCAAAGAUCUAAAGUUAAAUACCUGACUGAACCUGCUGCUUUUGGCUAAUUCAGUGAUUUGUUUUAGAGCAUAUCCCCAAGAAAAAAGACCCAAAGUAAGACUCUCCACUUAGUUUCUUCUAUGCAAUGUUCCCAGAUGUCAUCCCACCCAGUCUAUCCAUGCGUUUCACUCCCAUUUAUGAACACUCCAGUAUAGAAUAAAGGUCCUCACCUCUAUGGUUGACAAGCUCUUCAAUAUAGACAUUUAAAAACCUGGUUAAAAGAUACUGCCCCUUUAAAUCUUUGGUCCCUCUUUUUAAUCCAUUUUUUUCUUUUUAUUUAUGGCCUGUGUUACCUCUAUGAUCAAAAUAACUGUCUUGUCUAUAUAGAAAUGAUUCUUCUUUGCUGUCCUGUUUUAAUGGGUCACUGCUCAAAGGAUCUUCUAAAUGUUAGAGAAUGAAGAGUAAUGUACAGUCACAGUAAUAAUACAGAUUUGAGCAAAGGGUGUUGUAAUUGGCAGCCUGUAGUAAAUCCUUAAGAGCAAGCUUGAAUAAAAAAUGGGAAAGGGGGGCUUUGUAUUUAAGUCCUGUCUUAUUUGAGUGUAUGUUUGUUACUUUAUCCCCACAGGAGAGCGCUUUAAACAUCAACUACUCCAAAAUGAGCACUUGCUUGAUUGGAUUUCCUAAUUCGUAGCAGUAGAAUAACCCCCCUCAGGAUGAUUGUGUCCCUUUUACAGUUUUUUUGGUGUUGAAUAUGUAUAAAACUAUAAUCUUUGGGUUCUCAUUUUGUGGUUUUAUUUAUACUUUGUGUACAUAGGUAUAUAUAUGUAUAGCUUGAAUGUAUGAGCUCCGUGCGAUCACUUGCUUGUAACAACCACAAUGAUUACCAACGGUGUAGUCGUGUCCAGUCUCACUGUAACGUUCAGUAUCGCUGGUCACUGAAAUUCAGACAACGAACAAAAAAGGAAAAACUGCAGCUAUCUUGUAUAUACACAAUUUCUUGCCUAGCUCUGUGGGCUCAGCCGGUGCUGUUUUUCAGGUGUUUCACUUGAUUGUUUCAAGCUUGCUCUUAGGUUCUGGGUUUGUCAACACUCCAUUUUUGUGUAGUUUAAGUUCUUGCAUUUUUUCCCCAAAGUACUCUUGCCAUGUUAGUCAGUAGGUCACUCACUCAGAUGUUUGAAUCUCUGCUCUGCUACCAUCUUCGUUCUGGCUUUAUCAGGCGUGUUUGUGUUUUAUUGUAGUGUUCUUCCUCAUAGUUGGUUUGGUUGGGAAGACGUGGUUAUUUUGAUCGUAGAGGAACAUAAAGGUUGUACAUGGUAACUGGGAGAAUUCAUUGCAGAUGGAUUCAUUUGAGAAACACUUGGGGCAUGGGGCUGGAUGGGUCAAAAGGGCAAGAUAAACUUGAGGAAAACCUAACAAAAAAAGAAAAAUAAUAAAGGGUUUUAUUAACACUUGCUUGGCCUCAAUUUCUUUAUGGUUUGGGGAAGUGCCUGCAAAAAAAGGUCAGUUACACUCAUUUUAACCCUUCUAGCCAAGAAAAGAACAGUGGAAAAAGCUCUUGCAGUUUUUUAUUUCCUUGGUCCCACUAUAUUUUUUCAACAUCAAAAAUAACUUCAAAAAACAACAAAUAUAUAGAAUACCAAAUGGUUGAGAUCAUGAUAUGAUUGUUUUGAGACAGAACUAUUUUUUCUAUUUCCGCAUAUAUUUAUAAACAUUAAGUUUACCAUUAAUAAAAAGCUUAAGUUUUAUAACAUAAUAAUUACAGCAGCUUCACUUAAUUUACCAUAAAAGGAGACACAAAAUAUUUGACCCUCAUUAGAUUUGUUUGUUUUUUCAAGUUACAUAAUUCUGUUAAGUCAGUAAAGUGAAAAUAUAAUAUGGAAAAAGAAAUAUGCACACAGAGCCCUCGUGGAGAAAAAAAACUACAGAAACACCGACAUCUAGUGGAUAUUUAUUUAGCAUGAUGAGGCCAGUGCCGUGUCCUGAUUUUUUUUUUUAUGAGAGUUCCUGUCAUGCCUGUAAUAUAGGGACGCCAUACCACCUAAAUACACACCUGCUCUAUUAAUAAGCAAACCUUGAAUUACCUUUGUUGAGACUUGCAGCAUCAGACAUGAAAACAUUUUUUUAAAUGCAGCCACCAGAGACAGGAUCAGUUUUUUGGUAAUAGCAUUACACCUCAUUAAUUCAGUUCUGCAUCUUCAAAAUAAGAUAUGUUUGUUUAGGCCUGACUUUUAUGUAAUAAAUACAAUUGACAUGAUCAAGAAAGAUCUGUCCAAGUA